UUAGUUUUAAGCAAAAUACCAGUACGUUCCGCCGUUCUCAAAUCACGUCUGUAUCUCUUUCUGCCCUCCAUGUUGUGUGAAGCAAUGAGCAGGAAAGUUGUACACCCACAGCACACUGUGAUAACCGUGUCGCCAUUAUCAAGAUUACCCAAGUUGAUACAGGACCGGAUACCUGGCCUGACCGUCAUCAACUUUUCGAUUCCAGGAGAGCUUUACAGAGAUAGUCCAGAUUAUCCGAAGUUAGCGAAACUCAUUAACGAAAGUGCAGCUGAUAUUAUUUUGACGUAUCCUCAUGUUUUGGACAAUUUAGUACAACAUGGACUUUGCUGUGAUUCAAUAAAAUGGUUUCAAUCGACUAGCGCUGGUGCAGAGGAAUUGUUCCAUGCAUUCCCAAAGCCACCAGACCAUAUGGUAUUCACACGUAUGGGUGAAGGGUUUGGGGGGUUCAUGGCUGAGUAUGUACUAGGCCAGAUUAUUUCCCGGGAACAUUACUUCCCUCAGAUGGCGGAGUACCAACGACAGAAGGUCUGGAGCAGAUCCAAAUUUAUCCAGAAGCGGUCUUUAGCUUCAUUGACGAUUGGAGUUCUGGGAACUGGUGCUAUUGGCAUUAAGAUUGCUGAGGCAUCCAAGGCAUUUGGAAUGACAGUCAAAGGACUUGCUAAAACAAUGAAAGAAUCGAUCAUGCCUCACUUUGAUGUUAUUCUACAGAACCAGGAUCUCCCCAAAUUCCUUGCCGGAUGUGACUAUGUCUGCAGUGUUCUACCAAGCACAGUGGAAACCAAAGGGAUGUUAUCUGGAGAUGUUUUAAAAGCAUGCAAAGAAAAGAAAACUAUCUUCAUUAAUGUAGGUCGAGGGGACGUUAUUGACGAAGCUUCUGUGUUUAAGGCUUUGAACAUGGGUUGGAUAGGUGGUGCCAUUUUGGACGCCAUAGACAGGGAACCACUGCCCGCGGACAGUCCGCUGUGGACACACCCAGAUGUCGUCAUUACGCCUCACAUUUCGGGACCCGUUACGACUGACAAAAUUGCCAAAGUCUUUGAUUCGAACUACAAGAAGUUUCUAAAAGGGGAGGAAAUGGAUUAUGUGGUAGAUUGGCAACGGAAAUACUAGUUUAAUGAAUUAAUUCCAUUUGUUUGUAUACAUGCAUAAACUUGAAUGGCUCAGGCGAUGAGAAAAUUGCUUUUCAUCACCUGUACAAAGUAAAUAUCGAUAUAUCUGCAGUAAAACGCGUGCUAUAAAAAUAAAUUAUAUUACAUUAAUGAUUACUAGAUAUUCUUUUCUUGAUUGUUUUUGUCAGUGUUAUAUGUUCAAUGUGUAAGAUUAUUAUAUCCAUAUAAUUGC